GCCAUUGGUCACAUGUACCACCAUUAUUGCUCUCUUUCAUAGACGACAAAUUAAUUUGAGGAUGAAGAAGUUUUCUUGUACGGCACUUUGGGCGGUGGUGGUGGUAGCUGUGCUUCUAUGCGAAGCACCACUGACGGCAAAGGCAGUGACUUGCAAUCCCACGGAGUUGAGCCCAUGCAUAUCGGCGAUCACGUCGUCCGCACCGCCGUCUAGCGCUUGUUGCGGGAAGUUGAAGGAACAGAAGCCAUGCCUCUGUGGGUACAUAAAAAAUCCAAACCUCAAGCAGUAUGUUAAUUCUCCUGGUGCCAAAAAGGUUGCUCGCGCUUGUGGUGUUACCAUCCCUAGUUGUACUUAGCUGAAAAUUAUCUAUAAUUCUGGGUAAAAACAAGAAGUAUCACUAUAGUGAAUAAUGCAGUUCAGGAGAACUGGCAAAAUGAAUGAUGAAUGCAUUCCUCUUUGUAUGAUUUUAUCUAUAUGUACGUGUAAUGAAUAAUUUUCUGCAAUGAAUGUUGCUUUAUUGAA